AUCGCCUGAAAAAUUAAAAUGUAACGAAAAUUGAGACGCAAUAUGGAUCGCAUCACGUUACCGCGAAACGCAUCGUAUGUCAAAGAAAGUGAUUUCCCUUACGUUAUUACGAGUAUCGCUUUUGGCAUUCUCUCGGUUUUGACAAAUUUGAUUGUCUUAGUGGCUUUUUACGUGAAAAAAGGGAAACAAACGACAAUUCGAUCUUACGUUAUUUCAAUGGCAAUUGCUGAUGUCUUGUACGGGGCAGUGUCGGUCCCCUUGGCGAUUUUAUCUUCCGUCGGGCUUCCGUAUCGACAACGAGAAUGGUGUUUACUUAGUACGGGAUUUCAAAUUAUGACUGUCGGAUUUACGAUCAUGGCGUUGUUAUCGACCGUCGAAAUGCAGUUCAUUGGGGUGAUGUUUCCGAUUUUUUUCCAGAUGAAAUGGACGAGUCAAGUUGUGCGAUGUCACAUUGCGAGUCACUGGAUCAUGGGAUUUUUAUUUGGAUCUCCGAUUAUUUUGGGAAACAAUUUGGACGAUGACACGUGUUACUUUUUGGAAAUUGUACCGAAAAAUGUCACGUUAUUGGUUACUUUUGGGAUGGUCGUUCCAGCUGCAAGUGUCAUGAUUUUGUGUUAUGUGGCGAUUUAUAUUAGAUUCAUAAAAGCGAUGACACACCGAUUUACGACGUUAGGCGUUGUGCCCGACAAAAAGCCAUCUAGCAACAUGAAAAGUUUUCACGUUAAGACAAGUGCAGUCAUCUUUCUGAAUGUCCUUUUGUUUCUCGUGUGCUGGCUACCGCUCUACAUCCUCGAUACCAUCAACGUGUUUGAUGAGACAUUCACAGCAAACGUUCACAUUAUUAACGCUCUGCUUGUGCUUCGGUGCGUUAGAUGUGCCACGAAUCCGCUGCUGUACGCCUAUCACAUACCCGAAGUGAAAACGAGCAUUUAUGACAUCCACAGAUGGCUGCUGCUGCGAUGUAAUAUCGGGGAUGCCAUAAAACGCGAUCGAAGCAUCUCGCAACAGACAAUUGUCACAAAAUUAUAAAAAAAAGUUUCUUGUCAUAUCACAAUUUUUUUUUGCAAGUCGCGGCGGAAUCACGUUCGAAUGACAAUCCAGUCUCGUAUUUUCCUUCCUUGCAAGAAUUUGUUUCAUUUUUUUACAUAAGAUUGCAAUUUGACGAAUGAACGUUUGCUGUUUGCCACAAAAUUUGCAUGGGAAAUGAACAAACAAAAGCGCAACUGCAGAUUCACUCGUGCAUUUAUGAUUUCCUUUUUGAGUCUCCUUGAAAUUUCAACAGCAACAGCUACAAGUUGUCUGUCGGCAUGCUCUAAAAAUAAUACGCUCGUACAGUCGCACGUUAUUUUUAUAUUUUUUUUUGCAUUUCUGCAUGACUUUCGUAAGAAAAAAGGGAGAUGAUAUAACGGCGGUUGGCAGAGUUACUGCCAUUGUUGUGACACAGUUUGUUUGCUUCCUUAUAUUUAUUGUUGUCUGUCUGGAUGUUGUUGUAAGCAGAGAUGAUCCCCAGCAAAGUACAAGAUGGGAUAAAAUGGCAUUGAAUCAAAGAGAUUGCGAAAUUUUUUACGGAAGGGAAAUCUUAAGUGCAUUUUAAUUUUUAUUUUUUUUUUAUUUUUGAGAUAAUUUUCUAAUUUUUUUUUAAUUUUAACAAUUUCUUUAUAUUUAAUUAAUUUUUUAAUUUUGGAUUUUUACAAAAAAAUUUUAA